UUAUAAGGUCUUUCCCCUUUUUCUCUUUAUCAAAAUCUUAUUGCUGUGCAGUUUUUGAUUCACUCUAUCGUCUAAAACAGCUAAGAAGAAGAAGAAAAACAGAGAGUGAGAGAGAGAGAGAGAACAUGGCGAUUAGAGCAUUGCAUUUGACGAUUGUGCCGCACGCGCUUGCGGUUGCCGCUGCUGUUAUGGUAUUGGUUUGGUGCAUAUACUUCAGGGGCGGACUAGCUUGGGCUUCUUCAAACAAAAAUCUUAUCUUUAAUCUGCAUCCUGUAUUGAUGUUGAUUGGCUUCAUCAUCGUGGGAGGUGAAGCCAUUAUGAGCUACAAGUCAUUGCCCCUGAGUAAGGAUGUGAAGAAGUUGAUACAUCUUGUGCUCCAUGCCAUUGCACUAAUUCUGGGCAUUAUUGGUAUCUAUACGGCAUUCAAGUACCAUAAUGAGAGUUCAAUAGUCAAUCUCUACAGCUUGCAUUCUUGGCUUGGGAUCGGAAUCAUUGUCCUUUAUGGCAUUCAGUGGAUCUAUGGCUUUCUCGUCUUCUUCUACCCUGGAGGAUCAGCCGGGUUAAGAAGCGAAUCGCUUCCUUGGCACGUACUGUUGGGACUGUUUGUAUACAUCUUGGCCGUUGGCAAUGCAGCCCUUGGGUGCCUGGAGAAGCUUACAUUCCUUGAGAACUCAGGCCUUGCUAAAUAUGGUGCUGAGGCAUUCCUUGUAAACUUCACAGCCGUUGUCACAAUAUUAUAUGGAGCCUUCGUAGUAUUUACAGUUUUUACCAAGGCUCCUCCAGAAGAUGACCACAGCUAUUCGGCUAUAUAAUUUGAUGUUAUAUCUGUAUCUGUGUAUUGAUGAAUGGAUAUAUCUAUUAUUUGUAUUUCUAGACAUAAAUUUGUGAUCAAGAAUAGUGGCAAUUUAAUGGACCAUUAUAAUGAUUUAAUCUCUAAACAUGAGAUUUACAUA